GCAAGGCAGCAGUGCAUCCCUGCUCUCCGAGUCCGGCGAUGCCGCCCAAGGAUGACAAGAAGAAGAAAGAUGCUGGAAAGUUGGCCAAGAAAGACAAAGACUUGUUCAUGGGGGGCAAGGGCAAAUAGAGGAAGUGGUCCAAGGGCAAAGAAGUAGUGGUCCAAGUUCAGGACAAGCUCAAUAGUCUGGUCUUGUUUGAAAAAGCCACAUAUGACAAGCUCUGUAAAGAAGCUCCCAACUACAAGCUUGUAACCCCAGCUGUGGUCUCCCAGAGGCUAAAGAUUCAUGGUUCCUUGGCCAGAGCAGCCCUUCAGGAGCUCCUUAGUGAAGGGCUUAUUAAACGAGUCUCAAAGCACAGAGCUCAGGUGAUUUACACCAGAAACACCAAAGAUGCGGUCGCCCCAGCUGCUGGAGAAAAUGCAUGA